UGGAGGAGUGUUCCAGCUCUUGUAUUGUGAGAAAGACAAAGCCGCUAGGUCACGCGAUUGGAAGUUGCCGGGCGUGCUCUUUUACUGUCCGCCCGAUCCACAGUCCUGGUGCUCGAUGUGCGGAAGCAACAAGCGAGGCGGUUGGAACAAGCCAGGGUGAUGUACAAGAUUUCUACAUGUUGAGGCGCCAGGUCGAGGAGGCCGCAGAGCGGUUGACAGCGGCCACUUCCGGCGUUGACAUGAAAGGCCAGGAGGCAAAGCUGGCAGACCUGGAAGUGCGGACUUCCCAGGAGGACCUGUGGGAUGAUCCAAACGAAGCGCAAGCGGUGCUGUCUACACUCACUGAGAUCAAGCAGCAGUUGGGGGAGAUCCAGGAAUUUCAAUCAAAAGUCGAAGAAACGCAGAUGAUCGUAGAACUCUUAGACGGUUCGCAGACAAUUGACUCGUCGCUCUUAGCGGAGGCACGCGCGAAUCUCGCCUGGUUCAACAAAGCACUGGACCAGUACGAAUUGAACCGAUUACUUUCGGGUCCGUACGAUUUGAGAGGUGCAAGACUCACAAUCACAGCUGGGGCCGGGGGUACUGAUGCACAGGACUGGGCGGAGAUGCUGCUACGCAUGUACUCGCGGUGGGCUGAGGCUCGCGGCUUCUCGUGCAAAGUCGUGGAGCGCAGCGAGGGCGACGAGGCGGGCAUCAAAAGCGCGGCGCUCGACAUCGACGGGCGGUAUGCGUACGGGUACCUAGCGGGAGAAAAGGGUACGCACCGCUUGGUGCGAAUAUCGCCCUUUGGCGGCGGGAAGGCGCUUCGACAGACCAGCUUCAGCGGCGUGGAGGUGAUGCCGAUUCUUGACGAGGGGAGCACGGAUGACGUCAUCAUUCCGGAGUCUGAGCUUGAGAUCACGACAAUGCGCUCCGGUGGUGCCGGUGGACAGAAUGUGAACAAGGUCGAGACCGGCGUUCGGAUCGUGCACAAACCGACGGGGCUGGCGGUUAAGUGCACGGAAGAGAGGAGUCAGCUGCAGAACAAGGCGCGCGCGCUGGUAAACCUGAAAGCCAAGCUGCUGGUUAUUGCUCAAGAGCAAAAGGCGAAAGAGAUUGCUGACAUUCGGGGGGACAUUGUGAAAGCGGAAUGGGGGCAACAGGUACGAAAUUAUGUGUUUCACCCCUAUAAGAUGGUCAGAGAUGUUCGCACGGGAGUAGAGACGUCCGACGUGGCAGGCGUAAUGGACGGAGACCUUGAUGCGUUGAUAACGGGCUUUUUAAGGCAUCGAUACAAACAACAAGAUGCUGAAUCUGAGACCUUGUAAAUUGUAGCACCAGAAAGAUUUUUACUUUGUUGCUAUCAUAAACUGUCAUGGUAACAGCACCUGGUUUUGGAUGCGCGCUCGCACUGAGAUACCGUAGAUAUAUGAUUGAAAUGGUUGCUCGCAUGUGUG